AUGUUCAUGGGCAUUUUUUUAGGAGUGAGAAACGUAGAAGCCGUAGAUAAAAUAUAUCUACUUUUUGCCGAAACGAACAAGAAACACUUGACUGGGCCCGAGUUUGUCAAGGUAUUGUCGAUGUUGUUAAAAGGAACCCUAUCCGACUUGAUUAACUUUUGCUUCGAAGUCUACACGGAGAUGGUGAGAUCACCGAAAUACAUUAAGAAAGAGGACGUGUUACUGAUGUCCAGAAGAAACAGCAUGAAAAUGUGUAAAUUAGGCAAUACGGAGGAGUACGAUCAUAGAAAAGAAUAA